AUGGAAGACGACGAUAUGGAUGCGUCGCUUGAUGGACCCAUGUCCAAGCGUGCGGUAAGUCGCAUGAGCCAGCCACCCAGAGCAGCGCCCAGCGAGAAGAAGAUUGAUAGAAUUGAAGACCGCUUAGCUGGUAUUGAGAAUGUUCUUGCAAGUCUCGCAACAAAACUCAGCAGUCUGGACCUCCAGAAAGACUCGCACGAAUCCAGCAGCCAAUCGCGGUCGAGCCGAGUUGGCCCUUCAAGGAGUCCUGGAAGUGUCCUCGUCGAAGCCCCCACACCCGCGCCAUUCGAGGGCGAGAGUUCUAUCAAUAGCCAGUCAGACUAUGCUCGCGAGAUGCUGGCACGAGCGAUCGGGAGUACACCCUCUAUUGGACAGAAUGAAGAAGUCAAGUUGGCACUUACUGCUCUUUCGGAGAUGGUCUCUCAGCACGGCCAAAACCCCGCAACUUCCAACCCCUUGAUCAACCAGUCACUUGUCGAUAUUGACCCAUCGAAGCUGGAACGACCGCCUUGGGAACUUGCGUGCUAUGCUUUGGAGAAAGCUAGUGGUAUGUCUACAGACUUCGUACCCUUCAAGCCGAUCUGA